AGUCAUCCCAUAGCACAACACGUGAUGACACUGGCAAUAGAUGCUUUGGCACCUGUCUCAAGGCUGACUGCAUACAGCCUAACAUGAUCUCUAUCCAUGGAGUUGGGUGAGAUUCCUUGACGGUAGGGCUUUGCUGCACUUUUAACCCCGCCUUGGAUGCCUGAUGAAACGGUACAACACACGAUAUGAGUAUAAGUAAGCAUACAAAAUAAUUAUAGAGUUAGAUUUUUCUUCUUUUUUUCUUGUGGACAUUCUUGUUUACUUGGCAGAUCGAUCCUUCGCAUUCUCCCCGAACGCUCACGAUGCCCUCUCGCCUUGUCCCUGAUGGAGGGUCACCCCAUCUGCUAAACCAAAAAUAUGCCGAGGAUUACAGCUUUCCACAAUUCGCGCUACUGCCAUGGGAACUUCGCAAUCAGGUGUGGAGGUUUGCCCUGCAAAAACGACGGCUGCUCCACGUCAAUCUAUCAGACACAAUGCGUGUUGAUGGAUUGAGUGAGCACGAGUCCAGGAGCGUCAAAUACGGACAGUGCUUCCUGAUUGCCGACGGCUUCCAAGCCAUAAGCAAACUGCUGCGGGUGAGCUCUGAAGCUCGGAGUGCUGCUCUCGAGUUCUACAGAGUGCGACUCCCCUGUGUUCUAAACGGCCGAGUUGGCAAGCUCCCCUUCAAUCCGGAAUAUGAUAUCCUGUGGUUUCAAGAGAAGUUUGAAAGGAUUAACCACUUGACUGACUUUAUAUCUGCUGUCAUCGAACACGACAACAGACGUGUCGGGCUGUGCAAUCUGGCCGUGUCUAUCACCAAUGGCGCUUUUCAACUUGCAGAAGUCGAGGCUCCUCAUGAUUACAUGUGUCCUGCUUUUGAGCAGGCAGUCAGCAAUAUCUGCGAGUUUUACCUGGUGUCUGAAACCAAUUCGUAUCAUUUGGCGAGCAUGAAGGAGGGCUAUAACCUCGGAGUCCCCUCCAACGAGGCGCACAUGACACAAAGCCUCAGUCCCUUGAUGUCUGAUAUCCCUUCCUUCGAUCUCCAGCAUCGUGAUCCUCGACCUGUUGAAAAUGAUAUCGCCUGUGUAUUCCUCGGCUUCGAAAGUUUGAUGUCGGAAACGCAAGGCUGGAAUCAGAUGCUAGUCGCUUGGGGAGUCGAUCAAUCGCAAUUGAACUCUCGUGUUCUCUUUGUUUACCGCGACUCGAACCCUUGUCUGCCAGCUGAAGAGCCUUCUCGCCUGGGACCUGCUCAGCAGCGUUCCCAUAUACUUAAUACGGAUCGGCCUCUUUAUGAAUCGACGUCUGCUUCGGCACCUUCCAUUCAAUUGACAGUAGAAAAGCAGCCCUCGGAGGCAGGGGACAGUCCUGCUAUUGGAUUCUGGUUGUUCCCAUUUGAAGCUUUUGUUCAAAAGAACAUGCGGCAGACUAAUCAACAUUGUUGGAAUCUAUCGAAUUACUGGCCAGAGUUAGGACUCUUUCAUUUACCCACUGGCCCGCACCCUCUAUGAGGAAGUCGUGAUCAGGGGUUAGGAGGCCACAAGAAGAGAAGCUAGAUGAGCUGACUGCGUGAAUAUACCUCCUAGCUUGAAGACUUGUUUAGGCGCUUGCGACUAAGAUGGUCCCAAUUAAUAACGCAUCUAACCAUACCGUUAAACACAUAAAUAGUCCACGCAGAUUCAUACCUAACUCGCUCAUGUUCCCCCCCUUUUUUAUAGACGAACAGCAGCUUGCAUGGUUCUUCACAAGAUAGUAAUUCAAGGAAACAA